UUUUAAUCUGUAAGGAAGUUGCAACAAUUCAACUAAUUUAUACAUGAUUGUGUCAAAUUUGUGUGUAAAAGAUUUGCAAAAGUUUUCUAAGCUCUUGUCCUUCUAUGUGAAUUCGGUUUUAUGACUUUAUGAAACAUGUGCGAUAACAUCGGAUUAAUAUAUAGUUGGAAAACUUUAAAUAAAUUGUUAUUAUCCGACACUAAUUUUGGUAUUCAGUGAUAUUUUUAUUAAAAUAUGAAAGAUUUAUUGAAGUAUAGUUUAAUGUUAGAAUCAAAAGUUUUAUUAAAAUAAUGAAACUAAAAAUCGAUUAUUUGUGGGCGGACAGGCAUCACUUAGACAGACAUUAGUGUUUUAUUGGAUAUUGCAUUCUGUUACAAAUGACAAGAAUUAAACCAAAUAUACUUUUUUGCAAUCAAGGCCAUCGGUCGAGUUAGAAGGAGGGCUGCCCCCUUUGCAGCGCUCCGCUACUCUUCCACCUGUUUGGUCUUCCUCGAGACAAGUAUCGCCUCCUACUACAGAUCAAAACAACAACAUCAAGAUGACUUCCGAAGACUUGCUUCAGCCUGGUCAUAUUGUCAAGGAAAGAUGGAAGGUAAUGAGGAAGAUUGGUGGAGGUGGCUUUGGAGAGAUUUAUGAAGGUUUAGAUUUAGUAACUCGUGAGCCAGUUGCACUCAAAGUAGAAUCUGCAAGGCAACCAAAGCAAGUAUUAAAGAUGGAAGUGGCAGUAUUAAAGAAAUUACAAGGCAAAGAACAUGUCUGUCGAUUUAUAGGCUGUGGUAGAAAUGAUAGAUUUAAUUAUGUAGUGAUGCAAUUACAAGGAAGAAACUUAGCAGAAUUACGAAGAGCUCAACCUAGAGGAGCAUUUUCACUUUCAACCACAUUACGUUUAGGAUUGCAAAUAUUGAAAGCAAUUGAAAGCAUUCAUCAAGUUGGUUUUCUUCAUCGUGAUAUCAAACCGAGUAAUUUUUCAAUUGGCAGAAUGCCUUACAACAACCGCAAAGUGUAUAUGUUAGAUUUUGGUUUAGCUCGUCAAUAUACUACUGGAACAGGUGAAGUACGUGCUGCUAGAGCAGCUGCUGGCUUCAGAGGAACUGUUCGUUAUGCUUCUGUUAAUGCUCAUCGUAAUAAAGAAAUGGGUAGACAUGAUGAUUUGUGGUCAUUGUUUUACAUGUUAGUAGAAUUUGUCAAUGGACAAUUGCCUUGGAGAAAAAUAAAAGAUAAAGAACAGGUAGGAUUAAUGAAAGAAAAAUAUGAUCAUCGCUUGCUGUUGAAGCAUUUACCUUCGGAUCUCAGACAGUUUCUUGAACACAUUCAAAGUCUUGAAUAUGCAGAUAAACCAGACUACCCUAUGCUAAUAUCUUUAUUUGAAAGAUGUAUGAAACGUAGGGGAGUAAAAGAGUCAGAUCCAUAUGACUUUGAGAAAACAAAUAUAACAAAUUCAUCACAACCUCCGAGCUUACCCACAAAUCAAUCAGGAGCCGUCAUUAGAGCAACUAGAAAUGUUCCUCCAUCCAGUUUGGAUAACAAUCAAGAAAACAUAGAACCUACAGAUAAUAGAGAUGCCCGUAGAAGAAUCGAGACUGAAACUACUGCACCAUUGGCGACAGAAACUGCAACCAACAUGCUGCAUAGAGAAAAGGUUGUGUCUGUAGAUAAGAAUUGUAAUGCAACCAUGGCAACGACUCCUGCCAAUGUGAUACCUGCUAGUCCGUUGAAACGUAGAGCUGUAAGCAUGGCCACAACUGUAGAUACUAUGCAACCAAUUGAAAAAGCAGUUGAUCAUGAAGGUGAUGCAGUUAUGGCGUCUGCAAGAUCAAGCUCUGAUACUAACAAACACAACAAUGAACGAAAUGUAGAUAAUGAAAGAGGGGAUCGUGAUAAAUGUUUAGCCCAUGUAAGGAGUCACAUUUCGAGUGGCGAAAAAGUUGGACGUACACAUAGUCAGGGACCCACACAAGGCCGACUUCGAGUACUAACGGCUCCCCCAACAAGCGUCCACGAUUUACAAGGUUCAGAGGUUACAAGUCCUAGAGUUCCAUCAGCUGAAGUUGAUGGCAGCGCUUUCUCAUUUGAGGUUCGCACGGGUAGUAAUGAAGUUCAGCCUAGAAGAGGGCGGAGAUCUAUGGGUAUUAGACCUGGAUCUGGAACCAGAUUGAGUGGAAGAGGUGACCAGUCAGUUACACAAUUUGCUGUAAUAGAUGAUGAAAAUGUUUCUGCAUUACAACAAGUUACUAAAGGAGGUGCAUUAACUUUAGCGUCUCAAUGGAAAUCCCAAUUCGAUGAUUCAGAAGAAACAACUGAUAACGAGUGGAAACAAGAACCACAAAGCCCUGAUCAUAAAGGACCAAGUGCUUCGCAUCAUGGAGAGAGGCCCAAAUAUUAUAGGUCAAAAAGUCAAACACACAUAAGACGACGGCCCGAACCUAUUAUUACUUCUCCUAAAUUAAAACACAAAUGUUUAAACAUCGCUGGCAUCGAAUUGUAUCCUUGGUUAGAAUCAUACCUUCCACGAUGUUGGAGUAUGCCAGCUCUUGGGUCAGCUCUGAGAAAGCAUCUGGAACCGCCUCUUUUGCAGCAGGCUGCUUUUGAUGAUACUGUUUUUAAAAUGGACGUUAUGCGCAAUGUGGGAAUUAGGGAAAGUGUUGAUGAGGAACCCAAAAGCAAAGAAGGCAAAGGACGAAAAUCUAGUCUACCGGCGAUGGCGCUUCGUGGGGAUAUGGACACCGAACUAGAAGGUGCGGUUAGCGGUCGAUUGGAAAUUCGAGUUCUUCCUCAAGCAGAAGUUAAUGGCCACAGUCCAAAUCCAGAAGAUCCAUCUAUUUAUUUUGAUGCGACCGAUAAAGGUGGUUUUCCUUAUCCAUCUAAAAGCGGCUUAAUAAACAAAACAUGUGAAGUUAUUAGUAAAUCAAAUAAAUUAAUUGAAAAUAAGAAACCCACUCAAGUACAAGUGGUGUCUAGAAACGGAGAAUCCAUAACAGAUUUGAGAAAUAAAAAAAUAUUAUCCACAGGAAUUAAAAAUCAAAUUUUCAACAAUGAAAUUUAUCAGGAACAAAAAAAUGGGAGCAUCACAGAACAGUUGAGACUCCACAAUGAAAAUAAAGAUAAUAUAAAUAAUAAAACAACAAAUGAUAAUUAUACUAUAGAACAAAAUGGUACUAUGAAAGUGUACAGACAAAUAAGUGAUAAUUCGAAUGAAACCAGCAAUGCUAAAUCUAAAAAUGGCGAUGAUACAUUUAUCACAACUAAAUCUAAUCCUUUAUGUGAAACUUCAUUGACUGUUAAAUCAAAUAAAAGCGAUAGUAAAGCUCUUAAGGAAGGGAAAGAUGAAAAUGUAGAAGCCUCAAUUCGUAAAUAUCAUAUUGUUAGAAAUUCUGCCAGGGCAAGUACACCGGAGAAAGCCGGCGGACUUUGUCAGUCGACUGCUAGUGACAAUGAGGCAAAAUUAGCACAAACUGUAGAAAAUAAUCCACAAAUUAAAACGAAUGCCAAAAUAUUUGAAAACAGUAUUCAGUGCCAUAUGCCUAUGAGGUUUGAUCUCAGAAACGAAGCAAUUGAUUCUGUACAUAAUUUGCAACACACUAAGUCAACAGGGGAUAUACUGGGAACCAAUGAAGCCAUAUCUGAAAAUUUAAACUCCCACAGCAAUGCUGUAGAUGAUGAUCUGAAGCAAAGUGUUCAGAAAAGAAUUCGGCCUGUGUCAGUAGACAACAAAGAUAAUUUGCAAUUUUCCAAAGAACUGGCUAAUAAAGACAUUAUGAUAAAAACUCAAAGCAAGAUACCAGUUCCUGUGGGAUUAAGCCACAAUUUACGUUUGUCAAAAUGCGCGUCUUGGUCGGGUGAAAAUAGUGAUAGUCCCUUAAUGACUCCAGAAAUUAAUGAACUCACACCUGCACUCAGACGGCGUAGGCAAAACGCUGAAAAAUAUGUUACAGAUGUAUCACAAUUAAAUUUAAGAUUCACAAGACACAAGUCUCGGACUAAUGAAACGUCCAACAGAUCACGUGGAGUUCCAUCCCAUCUGUUGGGUGGCUUUGAAGACAGUUCCGAUAAUUCCGAAGACACUUCCUUGCCUCCACCACCUCCUGGUGCACCUCCAGCAGAAAAUACGGCCCGAAUUCGUCGAUACCGGCCCGUUCACAGCGCAGCCGACUGCACGUAAUACACACAAUUCAUUAAAAUGUACUGAAUUUUAUCGAAUAAGGGAUUGUGUCAUGUCCAAAUAUGUGUGUGUUACUGUGUUAGUACCGCAUCUCAGCAUCUGAACACAAGGUAGCUAUAUUUUAGAUUAAUUCAAGAUUGUCUUAUAGCACAGUUGCCACAUACAUUUUUAGUGGAUCAUGUCAAUACAUCUCUAUAAUAAACAAAAAUGUAGUAUAUAUCAU